UAUUGAGGCCCAACCCGCAGAGACUUUGGUUGCUCACCCUCACCCACAGCUAAACUAUCUCAUCCAUCCAGAAACUAGUGUAGCUAGGUAGCUAGAGAUGCAGGUGGUGACUGGUGCCAUGGGCAGCCUGCUCCCCAAGCUGGGGCAGCUGCUCGUGGAGGAGUACAACUUGCAGAAGAAUGCCAAGAAAGGCGUCGAGUCUCUCAUGCUAGAGAUGAAGAUCAUGCACGCUGCCCUCUGCAAGGUGGCGGAGGUACCGCGCGAUCAGCUCGACGAGCUGGUCAAGCUAUGGGCCGACGAGGUCAGGGAUCUCUCCUAUGACAUAGAAGACGCUGUUGACAAGUUCCUCGUGCGCAUCGACGGCUCUAAUGGCUCUAAUAAACCCACUGAUGAUGGCAACAAGCUCACAUAUCUAGUGGAGAAGAUGGGCAACCUGUUCACCAAAGGCAAGGCACGCCGUCAGAUCGCUAGCGCCAUCAAGGACAUCAACAAACAAGUUCAAGAAGUAGCCAACAGACGCGGCAGGUACACAGUGGAUAAUAUUGUCCCUAAGCCUACAGUGGGGACGACUAUUGAUCCUCGUCUCCGGGCUCUGUACACUGAAGUUACAGAACUUGUCGGCAUCUAUGGGAAGAGGGAUCAAGAGCUUGUCAAGUUAUUGUCCUUUGCAGACAAAGAUCCCUCCAAGAAGAAACUAAAGAUAGUCUCUGUUGUUGGAUUCGGAGGGUUGGGAAAGACCACUCUUGUUAGAGCAGUAUAUGACAAGAUCAAAGGUGGUUUCGAUUCACAGGCUUUUGUUCCAGUUGGUCGGAAUCCUGACGUAAAGAAGAUUUUUAGGGACAUCCUUAUUGGUCUAGAGAAAAAUAAGUACACUAAUAUCAAUCUUAUGGUGUUGGAUGAAAGACAACUUAUCGAAGAAAUCAGGGAAUUCCUCGAGGACAAGAGGUAUCUCGUUAUAAUAGAUGAUAUAUGGGAUGGAAAACUGUGGGGAGAUAUCAAGUUGGCUUUCUCUAAUAUGAACAAUCUUGGCAGUCGCCUAAUCACGACAACCCGCAUAUUCACUGUAUCAGAAGCAUGUUGUCGUUCCGCUCAUGAUUCAGUUUAUAAAAUGGAACCUCUCUCAAGUAAUGACUCUGCAAGGCUGUUCUAUAAAAGAAUAUUUUCAAGUGAGAAUGGAUGUCCUAGUGAACUUAAGGAAAUAUCUAGAGAUAUUUUGAAGAAAUGUGGCGGUGUACCAUUAGCCAUCCUUACAAUAGCUAGUCUUCUCUCUUCUGGUCAGCAAACAAAACCAAAAAUUGAAUGGCAUGUUGUGUUAAACUCAAUUGGUCGUGGACUUACAGAAGAACCAAGUAUGGAGGAAAUGCAGAGGAUACUUUCAUUAAGCUACUAUGAUCUGCCUUCUUGUCUAAAGACUUGUCUAUUGUAUCUAAGUACGUACCCUGAAGAUCAUGAGAUUUACAAAACAGAACUUGUAUGGAAGUGGAUAUGUGAAACUUUUGUGCAGCAUGAGAAGAAACAAACUAGCAUCUUUGAGGUUGGGGAAACUUAUUUCAACGAGCUCAUAAACAGAUCUAUGAUUCAACCAAUAUACAAUGAUUUCCGUGAAGUUAAGAGUUGUCGUGUGCAUGACAUGGUGCUUGAUCUGAUUCGUUCCUUGUCAGGUGAAGCAAAGUUUGUUACAAUACUGGAUACCAAUAGGGAUAUCACGUGUUCCCACACAAAUAUCCGUAGGCUAUCUCUCCAAAAUAUGGAGGAAGAUCAGCAGACCACACCUCUCAUUAAAUCAAUGAAUAUAUCUCAAGUAAGGUCUGUCACUGUCUUUUCGCCAGCUAUGACUAUGAUUCCAGCUAUAUCCAGCUUUGGUGUUUUACGUGUACUGGAUUUGAGUGAAUGCAAUCUUGGGGCUAUUAUUAACUUGAGGGAUGUUGUGUAUUUAUUUCACCUGAGGUACUUAGGUCUAAGAAACACAGGUGUCCGUGAACUCCCAAAGGAAAUAGGAAAUCUACAGUUUUUGCAGGUGUUAGAUGUAGAAUGCAAUUUUGAUAUGACAGUUUUGCCGGCAUCCAUGUCUAAGCUAAAAUGGUUAAUGGCCAUAAAGGUUUUGUUUUCCUGCAAUUGGGUCCCUGGUGUGUUGGGGAACCUGACAUCAUUGGAAGUAUUGGAGACGAUCUAUGCCUAUCCAAGCAUUGUGCAAGAGCUUGGCAACCUGGCAAGGCUGAGGAAGCUAAUUAUUCACUUCUUUCAUUGGAGCCCCGAAUUAGAGGAAGCUUUUGUGGAGUCUAUGUGCAACUUGCGUGAUAUCCAAAGUGUUGUUAUCUUCUACCAGGAUUUGCCAUACUUGGAUCUCUUGGGGGAACGCUGGCUGCCCCCUCGAUGUCUUGGCAAAUUUCAGUUCUUAACAGACGACAUGGCCUGCUCUACAUUGCCGAUGUGGAUAAUGAGAUGUGGCCCUUCACAUCUAUCAAAUCUAUCCACGUUCCAUAUCCGAGUCAAGGAAGUGCAGCAAGAGGAUGUGCAAAUCCUUGGGAGGUUGCCAGCUCUUCGUCAUCUCUGGAUAAGCAGCACCCACCAAACAGAGAGACUGCUCGUCAUCGGCGCGGAUGGGUUCCGUUCUAUGAUAGCCCUUGGAUUGCAUUGCGUGCCAGCCACUCAGCUAGUCUUUCAACAGGGAGCUUUGCCAAAUGCAGAAUUGGUCCGAUUCAAUCUGGGCGUGCAGGUAACCAAAGAAGAUGGUAACGGUCAUCAUUUCGGGCUCGGCCUGGGCAACCUACUUUCACUUCAGAGUGCAUCAGUUGAAAUCCAUUGGGAUGGGGUCACCAUUAUGGAAGCCGCCAAAGCAUGUGCCGCAGUGAGAAGUGCACUGAACGCCCAUCCUAACCAUCUAAGCAGUGAUGUUCGUAUGGAGCCGGAUCCAGAAGAGAAGGAGGAAGAUAACGAGGACGAGGAGGAAGACGACAACGAUGAGGAGGAGGAGGACGACGAUGAGGACGAGGAUAACACUGAUAGGGACGACUGAGCAAAAAAGAAUGGAUCUGGAGUAGCUAAAUCUAUGGCCCGAGAUUUGGUCCUCUCGCGUCGCUCCCGUGGCGACCGAGGAACCCUAGCGCCGCCGGCCCCGCGCCCCACCUCCCUCCUCUCCUUUGGCGUCGGCGGGGGCGGGACUUCCCCUUCCCUCUGCUGACAGGAACGGCGUGGGCAAUCCUCUCGGCGGGUGGCGGCGCGCUGGUGGCGGCGCGCGACGGCGCAGGCUCGGGCGGCGACGGCGGGCUCCCGUGCGUGCUCCAUGGCUGCUAACGGGGAGCGCUCGGAGCGGGGGAGGGCGCACUUGUGUAACUGGGCCGGUCCAAAACUAAGCUAUUGUAGGCGUUGGUUUCUGAUCGGAUGCUUGCAGCGCCGAUUAGGGGCUCCCCCACGAGCCUGCUACUCUUUCCAACCAGAAGAAGUCUUGGACAUCUAGAGUCGCGGGCAUCAAGCAUGUGCCAUGAAUUUGAAACCUAGAGCAUGAGACUUUGUCAGAAACGAACCACACACCCAUACGCUUCAUUUUGCAGUCAAGUUCGGCGAUGAGCUGCAGCCGCCACUGCACCGCAGUUAGCUCUACUCGGAUACAGCUAUCGCCAUGUUGCCGACGCGAGCUCUCGACCUAAUUCUUUAAUUCUCCACUUAUGUCUUUUAUUAUUUGGUGCUACAAGUUUGUUCUAAACAAAUAGCGCGACCGCGAGAGGGAAGUGAUGUUUUGGAAAAUAUUAUUUGAAAGAGGAGAUUCGUCGUAUCUUUGUGUGGCAAUUAUGGCAUCAUCGUCUUUCAUCUGGACCGAAGUGGUCAUGUGGUAUCGCCCUGGGAUUGCCGGCAGUCACUGUGUCCACGACGAGGACAAGAGAGGAGGAGGCGUCAGUGGUUAGUGCGAACGGUUGUUUCUCCGCCGGUUAUGAAGCAUAAGAUGAGGAAGUUUAAUACCUUGAGCUUCUCCGCCCAUUAUGAAGCAUAAGAUGAGGAAGUUUAAUACCUUGAGCAACACGAUCAUGCAUACGGUCACAUUGCGGAAAUCAAGAACAUAUGCUAUAUUCGAAA